UGCAUCUUUCACGAAGCGAUCAGGCUCCGAGCCUCAUCGACACCAUCACCACCACCGGUGUUCACGGCUUCACUCACCAUCUGGAAAUUGCAAUUGGAUCCUUCUGUGCCUCGGACAUGUUUCCCUUUUUGAGCCUCCCCCCUCAGCACAAGCACAAGAUACUUCAGUUACUAGAGGACGUCACCAGCUUGCGCCGCUUACCAGGUAACAUCCGCAACACCGCCUCCGCUGUCAGCCAACAUCCAGCUGUCCCACGUCGACCCCAGCUCGCAAAUUGCUAGUUUCUGUUGGGCGGCUGUGUUUUUUUGGACGACCUUAUGGUGUCUCAACACCACGCAUAUCCGUCAUUCCAUCCCGUCUCGCCAGUCAACCCUUCGUCCCCUCACUUUCCCUCUCUCACCGGCUUCCAAUGAUCACCCAAUGCCUGGCCGUGCUCGGUCGACCGCGACCUAUCUCGACCUCUUUUGCCCUCGCACCAUUUCACCCUACCCGCCCCGUACCACAUCCAUCUCAUUUCACAGUUCAUGUCAGGACGGGAAACCAUCACACCUUCAGUUGGGUGUAACCGCAGGGAUCACAGUGUUUCACACCCUGAUGCGUAAGGGUCUUUUUCUUCUGUUGCGCAGAGUCUCAAGUCCUCUCCUGCACUGAUCGACAAAUCUCCUUCCUCCUCUUUCCGUGGUAUCUCAAGGGAAUAUCGAGGGUCAUGAUGGGGUUGCCUCCGGGCCAGCCCAUGGAAUAUUAGGGGGCUUGAUGUCGUGCAACAUCGACUGGGCUUCAAGUUGUCAGCACACAGUACUUCUGCAACCCCGCUCUUCAGCUUUUCGAAUAUGGCCUCGCUCCAGCUUGAAGGUUGCCUUUCCGGUCCCAUGCAUUACUACCUGGUAUUUUCUCGUCUUAUUAUUCGUCGCCUUCUCUUCAGCGAACUUUCAAUAUCACCGGGGGCAAAUUGAUCACGAUCAUGUCGAGCACCUUACUAUCACAUCUAGCCAUUGUAAGUAAGGCAGAAGUACAUACCUGUCGGGACAUAUCUAUUUCCUCGACGCUUCAGCGAGAAAGCCAUUUGGACUACCCAACUUCUUCCCCCUUCAGGCACCUAGCCGUACUCAGUCAGGUCUUUACCUGUCAUUGUUGUUUUCUUUGCUACUGUCGUACUAUUGUGGAGCAUCUUUGCAGAAAUCCAACCUACCUCUACCGAUGAACUCACCAUCCCCUCAUCAUGCGACAAAUUGCUCGAGCCUUUGUGGAUGCCUGUAGUCCUCGAAACCUCACGCACCACGAUCCGGAAGAUGAACCUACCAGUUGUCUUUCCACAGAACCUCAUGACACCACCGUCGAAGAUGCUGUCCAACACUACUUUGGAUGCAUCCAGAUACGCGAUCGAGCCGAAUUCCUGAAGUGCAGUCACCCGCAUUGGGAGCACGAACGAAAGGUUCAAUAUGGCAAAUUCUACGCGGAACUCACAAAGACCAUGGAAAAAUUCCCUGUUACCCACGGCAACGACAAAUGGGAGAACCACUUGAAGACCGCCCAAGAGAAGCUCAAAACAGCGGGUCAUGCUGUUCCUAAUGGCGAACCCCUCACGAUCGAGUCUGUCUCCGAGGCAAGAGCCAAUGAGUGGCUUGAAAAAAGAAUGGGGAGUGUGGCUAUUGCUAUCGAGGCUCAAUACAAGCGGAUACAGAUCUUGCGAACCGUGCUCAGCAAGACUCCAGCCAGCCAAUCCAGGCUCUUCUCAGACCAGCAGCCAAAGGUCGAGGAUAUGGAUAGUGUUGUAAAACAGCUAGGGGACAGUCGUGACGAGUGGAAGAGGUCAGAUCGCUUCAAAGAAGGGAUUAAAUGGGUGCGUCAAUGGAGAACAGAGAUGAAGGAUGGAAGUGAAGAUGAUGACAACAACGGAUCUGACGAGCCUGGACGAGAGGAAGUCAAAGAACUUGCGAAAAAGCAACGCACAAAGAAAAACACACAAUCAGAGAACGGCGGUCAAUCCAAUCAGAAUUCCAGCAACAUAAUGGCAGAAGACAACGAGAAGGACUGUACCGAAUAUCACCUUGAGCGAGAUGUCAAUGCCUACCUUAUUCAGUUCAGCACCGAACACGACACAGACAGGCCGAGUCAAGAUCCCGAAUCUUUCCUGACGCCGAUUGACGAACCGUUGACUGAUGGGCGCUUCAAGGGCACUUUCCCAGACCAGCGCAUAUCCAUGAGCUUCCUCCUCGAUAAUGGAGUUACUUGUGAACCGAAAACCACCGAUAACCCUGAAUUGAGCACCCAUGAUCCGGGAGGCGAUUGGAAUAUCCUGUCAAGAAACCGAUGCACGAGUGAGAGUGGUUCAGGGCCGCCAAAAAGGAUCCGAUACUUCCACAUCCCAUCAAAUAAUAUGGCAUGGGUGGAGAAAGCGAUUGCCAACUACUACGAAACCAAAACUCUAGAUCUCAAUCGCAAACUCAGGCAUCAGAAAGUGCAGACCCCAACGCAUAUGCUCUUGAGCCCUCAAUAUUGGCGAGGUCAGCAACAAGGGACUCGAAGCGGUGUAGUGCACGCAAGACACAUGCGAUCUCUCUGCGAGGUAGUGUCAACCGAGACCACCGAGAUCGAGAAGCAUCCAAAGAACAUUGUUCUCUUUAUGCCAUAUCUCCAUUGGGAAACGGACCGUAGGAGGGAGACUAUUUCCAGGCUGAUCGAUAUUGAAUCCGACAAGUUCCGACAAAAACAAAGGAAAGAAAAGCAAGACAAGAAGAAGACUCGACAGGAAGAGAGAGCGAAGCUCACCAAUCUCUCAAAGUUUGACAUUCAGAGAAGGAACAUGAAACAUCGUGAAGAGGGUGGUGGAGAUCCCGAGAACCAAAAUAAGCUACUUCAAACCGCUGACCUGGCACUUCACCAAUUCUUCAGGCCUCGCCGUCGCCGGCAAGUUCGACGCAGUGAGAGGCCUUAUGUCGAUGAUUAUGGUCGCCUGAGAGUUAUGAGCGCGCUUGGUCAGUAUCUUGUGGAUGCUGCUCGUCUUUAUGAGGCGAUGUCAACGUUCAGGGACCAGAGAAUGCUGGAGAAGUUUCUUUUUCACGACCCUCCACUCCACCCGCGUCGUACAUUGGAUCAGUCUCACUACUGGACACAAAGAAAUACUAAGGCUUUAGAUAGAGAUCAGGUCGUCUACCGAGAUACGAAAGUUUCUGAUUGUAUGCACAGGUUCCUGGUGAUAGAGCAGCCACGGCACUCUUCUAGAACUGAACGCCACAACUAUUCCCAACAAAGCUUGAAUCAAGCAAUAAGUGAAGAGCUGGCGGAUGAACAGGCAGAUGAAGGUACAGUUCGAUCUCAUGCUGCCAAGGAUGAUGUUUCGCCGCUUAUGAGGUGGACCCAUCAUACUGCGACAAACGAUGAGCAAGGCUGCGACCAGUGCAAGAGCGACAAUAAGAAAGUUCCACAGCUCGUCAUGGUUGAUCAGCUAUGGAUGUGGGUUCUCGACGAGCACACAAUUAUCACCUCGUUCCCGGAGCGAUAUGGAAGCAACAUGCACGAUCUGUCGGGAGUACACCGAUCGAUACGGGUCCGUCUGCAGUCUUUCCGCAGACGCCAAGUCAGAUCGGUCUUUGAUCUAGCGCUCAUCGUUCUGGACGAAUGCUCCAACGCGUUGUUCGUUCAGACGUCAGGUGAUGAGGGCCAACCACAAGUAAUGAACAUUUUUUCUGAAGCUAUUGGGCGAAUUACACAGCUACAAAAAAUUGCAUCCCAGCAUGUCUGGUAUUGGAUGAAAGAGGCCUUCUAUAUGUAUCGAACUGGGUCAGUAAGGCUGGCCAAGCUGGAGGCAUCCUUACUUGACAUGAAUACUGAAAGUAACCUCCAAAUAGAGGUCAAGGACAUCAUAGAAGAGCUAGACAUGAUGCUGCAAAUUCACAUGAAGCAAAGAGACAUCGUGAAGCGAUUCAGCAGACAUGUGGAGCAUAUUUUGGACCCCGAGUGUAGAGUGUCAAGUAACGCAAGUGUGAGGGGUGGCAACAGUAGGUGGAGCGACGAUCAAAUCGGACUCGAUGACGAAGACAUCAAAAGAAAAGAGCAACUUGAAUGGUUCCUGUUUCAAUACCAGGAGCUACUCUCAGAAGUGAACGAUCGGAUCGACGACCUCGAGGGACUAAGAGCAAGUGCCAUGAGUACAGCUGAAAAUGUCAAUGAUCUUGUUGCACUAAAACAUCAACAAUCAAGUGAAGUGCAAGCCUGGACGUCAGUUAGGCAAACCGAGGAGGCCGUCACCCAGGGACAUGCUGUUAUGAUGUUCACAAUUGUUACUAUUGUGUUUCUGCCGUUGUCAUUCAUGUCGAGUAUCUUUGGCAUGAACAACUGGGAAUUCACUGAUAGCGGUCCCAUGCACUUAGGAGAGCAGUUCAAGCUCAUGUUCUCCAUAUCCAUCGGUAUCAUCAUCGCGACGAUCGUGGUUGCGUUCAGUCCCUUGCUUCGAGCAACGGUUAUAUCUUUCACAAAAUACAUCUUCACGGUCGUUGUAGUCUACUCUCAGCUGUACAGGCUCUGGAUAGCAUUCCAGGACGAGGACGAGUCGCAGUCCUUCAUGCGUAAGACCGAACUCAAAGUCCGGCAGAUGAAGGAAGAGGUGCGGAAAGCCAAGCGAAAGAGAGCGGCUUGGAGGGCUGAACUACUCCAUAAGCAGAACAACUGGGACCCGCCAGCUCCUGACAACGCCCGCGCGACAUCAGCAACGCCAAAUCGGAGCUGGCUCGCCACCAACGAGCGCAGCGAACAGAAUAAUGUGAGGCCCUCAUCAACGGCAUCCAACAGUUCAACACAAGUGUACACGAUGGCCGGUGGUAACACACCGAUAUCAGGAGGUGUUAGAACACCAGAACCGCCGCUGAUGGGCGGUAGAAGAGUGGAUGACGGAGACAUUGUGUGAACAAGCACAAUUUUGGGUC